AUGGCCUUUGCUAAUGGACUUCAUUUUAGGGAGGACAACGAGAAUGGCGAUGACUCCGAUAUUCCCCGCUCCGGUGUCGCUACUCCUCAGCCUGACCCUUCAGACAAGCGGUUACCUGGCAUAAUGCACAGUUAUUUUGGACAGGUUGGUUCUGCGUCUUCUACACGUCCAAACUCUGGUCAUUUUGAAAGCUCCGUCAUGGGGAGCGAUGUUUCGACCUCUGCGAGGGGUGAUGAGGUGCUCCCGAAGGCCACGCCAGACUCAAGCAAUGAGCCUGCGAGUGACUCUCAAGAAGCAGAAGCUCCGCUUCAGCCUGCACCAGAAAAAUUCCGAACAAGUGGCUUGCAUCCCUACCCGACACCACCCGUUUCCCAGCCACCAUCACUGCACAAGCUGAAGUUGAGCAAUUCCUCAAGCUCGGAGGAUGAGGGAGUCAAUGCGGGGGAGUUGGCUACCUCAUCUUCCGUACAUCACAAGAGUAUAUCGGAAUCAAUUCCGUCAAGCGCUCGAAGAGCCUCCUUGAUGAAUCCGCUCUCGAGUGUUGUGACGGCUUCCAAUGUUCACGCUGCACAUUUCUCUAACCCCAGCAACUGCUCUACCUCCCCUAACACCCCUUCACAUUCCCGCUUAUACUCUGAUUUUCACGAGUCACCGUCGUAUGAUCGGCUCAAAAAGCUAACAGAUGACGCGGAAAAGAGCACUCCGGCCACUCCCACGCGCGCAUUGUCAAAUCAGACCAACAAAUCGGAUGCUAGCGGCGGAUCAGAUCACGCAAAUGCUCAGAAUGGAAAAGAUGCAAAAUCAACCACGGCCGAGGCUGUCCCUUCACAAAUUUUAGUUCCCGCGACCGGAGCUCCGGCGCCUGCACCGAAAGGAAAGCUUACAGUAAAGAUCGCCGAGGCGCGAGGUUUACGAAAGAGCAGAGAUCCCUAUGUUGUAGCCGUCUUCCAACGAAAUGAAUUGGUAUCGAAAGGACCUUUACCCGGGAAGGAAGAGGAAGAAGAUCAGGGAACAACAAGCAGUCCGAUGGGUGGCAUUCCGAUUAUGAGAUCCGGAAGCGAUUCGGGUCGACCAAUGGCUAUCCCUAUGAAGAGUCGACAAAGCAGUAACACCAGCCUUUCGGACUACCGCGAUUUCAAGAGUAAGGGCCGUAGGUCUAUGACCAACCCGAAGUGGGAUACCGAAGCAAUCUUUGAUGUGGUUGGCUCUGAUGCACGUGUCAACAUCACGAUUUAUGAUAGAAGCAGCGUCGUGGAAGAAUUUCUUGGUCAUGUAGACCUCGAAGCGAAUCUCACCGAGAACAAUGCACCCCUCAAAGGCUGGUUUCCACUUCGUGGUAGGAACGACACCGAUACGGGUCUUCCUGGCGAAAUUUAUGUUGAGAUCACGUUCCAACGGACAGAGAAGCGCCAUUAUGGCCCAGAAGAUUUCCAGAUUCUGAAGCUUAUUGGGAAGGGAACCUUCGGCCAAGUUUAUCAAGUUAGAAAGAAGGAUACGAAGCGAAUCUACGCCAUGAAGGUUCUUCAAAAGAAGGUGAUCGUUCAAAAGAAGGAAGUUGCACACACAGUUGGAGAGCGGAACAUCCUGGUCAGAACAGCUAUGGCGGACUCACCAUUCAUUGUGGGACUCAAAUUCUCCUUCCAGACACCCACGGAUCUUUAUUUGGUUACAGACUACAUGUCUGGCGGCGAACUGUUCUGGCAUCUGCAAAAGGAAGGACGAUUCGAUGAAAAGCGGGCGAAGUUCUACAUUGCUGAGCUGAUUCUUGCUCUCCAACACCUUCACAUGCACGACAUUGUCUACCGGGAUUUGAAACCGGAAAACAUAUUGCUGGAUGCCAACGGACACAUUGCUUUGUGCGAUUUCGGCCUGUCCAAAGCAAACUUGACCAAGAAUGCCACAACUAAUACGUUCUGUGGCACAACCGAAUACUUGGCCCCAGAAGUACUUUUGGACGAAGCCGGAUACACUAAGAUGGUAGACUUCUGGUCCCUGGGGGUUCUCGUUUUCGAAAUGUGCUGCGGGUGGAGUCCGUUUUAUGCAGAAGACACGCAACAAAUGUACAAGAACAUUGCUUUCGGAAAGGUUCGCUUCCCACGAGACACACUAACUACCGAGGGGCGCAACUUUGUGAAGGGUCUUCUCAACCGGAACCCCAAACACAGACUCGGGGCGACUGAUGACGCGGAAGAGUUGAAGAGGCAUCCAUUCUUCGCUGAUAUCGACUGGGAGGCGUUGACAAAGAAGUUGAUCACGCCACCGUUCAAGCCGAAGCUGAAGGAUGAGACGGACACAUCAAACUUUGAUCCCGAGUUUACCAAUGCUCUGAUGAACGGAGCAUCGUCACUCAAUGCUCGUGCUGCAGCUUUGGCAGCGGGUGUGGCUACAUCAACGCCUUUGUCGCCAACCAUGCAGGCUAACUUCAAGGGCUUCACCUUCGUCGAUGAGAGCUCGAUAGAUGAGCAUAUGCAAGGUCGCAUCAGAGACGAGGACGAGAGCAUGGACGAAGAUGAGAAACAUCAAGAUGACUGGGAAGACCGAAAUGAUAUUCCCGACAAGCGACGGAGUGACCGAAUGAGCGGUAUCGUCCGGACCGGCACCAACGAAGAUAGCAACAUGUUCAACGGCGGGCAAUUCGACAUGUAA